UAGACUUAGCUGCUCACUCGGUCUGAGCGUGCAUUGCGCGUCGCGUGUUCAUAUCUCGUGGUUUUAAGUGAAUUUUAAAUUACUAAUUGAUCAUCAUGGCGUCUGUCGCAACAUUAGUUCAGCCAACAGGGGAGAUGUGGAAGAAAAUUCGCGUUGAAUUAAAUGAAGAUGUCAACACGAGAGAUCGAGAUCUCACUGCCAUUAAGGAUUGGCUUCGUAAGCAGCCACACUUGCCUGACGAGUGGGAUGAAGGUCGUAUGAUGACCUUUCUCCGAGGCUGCAGCUUCUCUUUGGAGAAAUGUAAGAGGAAACUCGACAUGUACUUCACGAUGAGAGCUGCUUGUCCAGAAUUCUUCACGAACCGAGACAUCAACAGACCAGAACUAGCUGAUAUAACAAGAAAAGCACAAGGAGCUCCACUACCAGGAUUGACACCAGAUGGGCGACGAGUCACAAUAUGUCGUGGUCUUGACAAAAACAUCGAUCCCGAGCUAUUAAACAACAUAUUCAAAAUCGCACUAAUGAUUGGUGACGUCAGACUUAUAGAAGAGCUGGAGGGAGUGGGGGGUGAUAUUUACAUACUGGACGCUUCAGUGGUAACGCCGAGUCAUUUAGCGAAAAUAUCACCAUCUUCCAUCAAGAAGUUCUUAAUUUGCGUACAGGAAGCGUAUCCUAUUAAGCUAAAACAGGUCCAUGUUUUGAAUACAUCGCCGGUUAUCGAAGCAUUAAUAAACUUCAUCAAGCCAUUCCUGAAGGAUAAAAUCAAGAACAGGAUUUUCGUCCACUCCGACAUAAGUACGCUGCAUGAACACGUACCCAAGGACAUGCUUCCGGAACAAUAUGGUGGCAACGGAUGUUCCCUUGAUGAAGUAAACGAUGCGUGGAUGAAGAAACUUGAGGACUACACAGAAUGGUUCAAAAAACAAGAAUCGAUAAAAGCCAAUGAAGCCCUCAGACCUGGGAAACCAACCAAUUACGAUGAGCUAUUUGGCAUUGAUGGAUCAUUUAGACAGCUAUCCAUUGAUUAAUUUUAAAUACUAAUUACUUCACCAACAAAUGUUUUGAGGGUGAAGGUAUAACUAUUUUUUCUUCUUAAACGCUUGUUAACAAUGCAUAAGUAGGAUCGUAAAUAAACAUACAUUAUUAAGGGGGAAUUGGCGCCCGUAACAUAGUAAUAUAUUUAUCAUUUUCUCACGAUAAUUUUGUAUGGACGGUUAAUUUUAAUUUGCUUUAAGUUUUGUAUAUUUUUUUUUUUAUUUUUAGUUUUUUAUUCUCUUUAUAAAAAAUAAAAUAAUAAUUAAAGUCAACUGUUAUAAAAUACAGAAGACAAGGAUGUAUGGUGUAAGUUCUUUACCCUUUAAAAGGAAGAAUAUGGGUAAAAAAACAUCAUGACGUCUUGUUCGUUUAUUUUGUUUUUAUUACCAGGGAAGAAAAUAGAUAAAUGACAGAUACCCGUUAUACUAAUGGUUAUAAAAUACUUACUUGUUUGUAAGUGCCCAUAAGAACAAGCUAAAUAAUAAAAUGUUCCAAAACCAUAUUAAUUAUUCUGUAUUAGUCGAUGAUAAAAUAUGUUUUAAAUGGUUAAUGAUUAGUAGAUUUUUUUUUAAUUUAUGGGUUUUUAUAUGAAUAAGUAAUGACAGUUUCAUAAUAAACUUAUGUCGAGACGUAAUACAUCUAUGUAUUUUAUAUAAUAUUCGUCUACAAUUUUCUGUAAGGCGUUCUAAUUGUACACAGUUGCUGUCAACGUCAGAACGAAAUAAACAUGACACUAAGUUCAAUGUGAAUCUAUCUUAAUACUUUAUAAAGGAUUGGCACAAUUACAUUUAUUAU